AUGGCCGACAUUUGGAUUCCAUCUUCCGCCCAUCAACCUUUGCCUGAAUUUACCGUUAUAGGUGGCCAUGACUCUGACCACUCUACAAUAUAUGUGGGUCGUGCCGAACACAAUGGUGAGAUGUUGGCGGCCAAAGUUAUACCCAGCAAAGGAUGUGCCUAUGUGGCGUGGGGUGGCAAGGAACAUGCCAAGCACAACUAUGAGCUUCUCAGAGGUCCCGGCUAUAGUUGGGUACAAUGUGAAUAUGGUCAAGUACCAGCCAAUGCCGUGGUGACCGGCCAUAGCGAUGACGGUGAACCGUUGUAUAUCGGCCGUGGUCCACACUGCGGCAGUUUGAGUAUCGGUAAAGUUCAUUCGUCACAUGGCUGUCUCUAUAUACCCUAUGGCGGUCAAGAAAUAAGUUUGGAUCAUUAUGAAAUUUUGGUACGUGACCCCAGAGAUAUAUGGGUGCCAUCGGGAUUACACUCAACACCAGCAAAUGCUGUAGUGGCUGGUCGUGACACUGAUGGCAGUGUUAUUUAUGUAGCUCGUGCCCUAAGCAAUGGUGUCAUGGUACCGGCUAAAUUUAUACCAGGUCGUUGUGAGGCCUAUGUCGCCAGCGAUGGUAAUGAGGUUCGCACGCCCACAGUAGAAGUACUAGUGGGUAUUAAUUAUGCUUGGGUUCCAGUUUGCAAUGGUAAUAUACCUCCGAAUGCCGUGUACUGUGGCCACACGUCCACCAACGAACCAAAUUAUAUUGGUCGAGCUCAUUAUAAUGGUAGCAUAACACCAGGUCUAGUAUUACCGGAUAAUGAUAGUGUUUUAAUAACCUAUGGUGGACAAGAAGCUUGUAUUGGGCCUUAUGAAAUUUUGACUAGAUUUUAG